AUGCUUCCGGGAGAAACGCGGCGCUUCUGGAUCUCCGCGGACACUGCCGAUCGUCGAUUCGGGCGUCCGCUGCCAGAGAGAGUACUGCCGAUGGGCCCGCUGGUGGUGGACAUGACGCUGCGCUCCAUCGAGCGGGAGGCCGUCUUCUCCUACAUCAUGACGCCCGAGAGCCGCAAGCUGAUCGAGGAGAGGGAGAACCGGCCUGAGACGAUCCUCCUGAGGGGCGUGGGGGUGGGCGUGCAGUUCCUGCCGUGGGCAUAUUAUUAUCUUCAGAGUGCAGAGCAGGCGGACAGUUUCGUGGGACCGGGCGCAGGCAGCCUGCCCCGCAGUGCUAUCAAGAUGCCGUGCAGCGGCGCGGUGCCGUCGCACCCCGCCAUGCCAGCCAGACGGCCCUGGCCAGCCACGGUGGCACGCGUGCAGAGCCCUUCUGCGCCCGCCACGCCCGCGCUCCGAGCUGGGCUCGUCCUCCAGGGCCCGCGCACGCCCGCGGUGGACCUCGUGGACGGGCCUGCUCCGGGCGAGGGCUACGCUGGCAAGCACGAGGUGACUUGGAAGGAGCUCAGUUUCGUGCCGAAGAAGCGUGCGGUCCAGCUGCAGCCUGUGCAGGCAGCGUGGGCCACGGCGGCCAGGUGGGCCCGCCACCUGCGAUCAGUCAGCCAGGCCCUGCACACGUUCGCGCCGAGGCUAGAGGUGGAUGACGGCGACCAGGCAAGGCGUUUCCGACGUAUAGCCAAGGUGCUGGUGGAUGCCGACAGCGCGAUCACGCUCAGCGGGCUGCUGGACGCCUACGCGCGCGAGGCCCUCUGGCAAGAGGCGCUGGGGGCGCUGGCCGACGCGCUGGGCGGCGAGGCCCUCUGCGACCUGAUCCUCUGCAACACCGCCGUGGCCGCCUGCGGGCGCGCGGCGCGCUGGCGGGAGGCGCUGGGGCUCCUGGAGGCCAUGCCUGGCUGGCGCUACCGCCCCGACGCCAGCGCUCGCGGGAUCACGUGCAACACGGCGCUGGGCGCGUGCUCGCGGGCGGCGGAGUGGUCGGCGGCGGUGCUCCUGCUGCGGGACAUGCCCCGCCGGCGGCUCCGCGCGGACGCGGUCAGCUUCAGCACCUGCAUCACGGCCGGGCACAAGGCGGGCAGGUGGGACCUCGCGGCGGGCCUGCUGGCGGACAUGCGCGGCCGGAGGGUCGCUCCCAACAUCAUCACGUUCAACGCGUCCGUGACCGCGCUGACGGCGGGUCAGCAGUGGGAGUCGGCGGUGUCGCUGCUCGGCGAUAUGCAAGAGGUGCGGCUGCAGACCUGUGCCCGUACCGUGCCUCCGUGGACGCCCUGUUCCACGCCGGCAGGCGCGUCGAGGCGGCGCGCCUCUACCGCAGGGCGCUGCAGCCGGGGAUCGCCGCCUACCGCCCCGCGGCAGGGAGGGGGGGGAGGAGAGGCAUAG